AUGUUUACCUUUCGCUAUACACUGGCGCUACUCCUCUGCGUGCUCGCAGUACUGGUCCAAGUGAGGGCACAAGAUGUCCCACUCCAGCUGACAGGUGCCUUUGAAGGCGCCACUGCUACAGAUUCAUCCUUCAACACCGGAGGUAGUAUUAGCGUGCUCGGCUUCAAUGUUGUUGUCCCCAAGAAUCUCCAGGUCACCUUCCCAGCCACCUUUAUCCCAUGGAAAGAUUUCGUCGCAGACCAGGGGAAGUUUGCGGGCUACGAGGUCACCGUUGAUGGCAACUUGGUAAAUAAUGUCCCCAUAGCGGGCAUGAUCUCGGUCAGCCAGUUCUCCGUCCAGGGCGGCCAAGGCGUCAUCGAUAAGAUCAACGCCGACGGCACCAUGUCGCUCCAGGGCGGGCCCAAGCUGCGCAUCAACGACCCCAAGGGAGUCUACGGCCUGCCCUACGCCGACGACCCGUUCUUCACCUCGGACGGCGAGAACCCGAGCAUAUCCGCCUUCUCGGGCUUCCCGAUGUGCGUCCCCCGCAGCUCGAGCGACCCCCUGUGCCCGGCGACCCAGCGCCCGCUCCUCACGGGCAACACCAGACAGGGAUCCUUCCUGGCACCCGACGCUCUGGUCAUGGCCCCUUUUAUGGCUGGUGACUUUAUUGAGUACAGCGGCUUCAAACGCGGCGACAUUAUCUACGCGACGGAAAUCGUGGCCACCAACGUGCAGAUAACCACAGACCCCAACAGGGGCGACCCAACCUACAUCCGCAUGGAGGAUGCCAUCAUGGGCGUCUUUACCGCGGACCCUGCGGCCGAGGUUGGCCAGGUCAAGUUCAUCGGCUACACCUCGUUCCCGUCGGCCAACAUCGCCUUCACAGCCAUGGACAUCAACGUGUGCACGGGCGAGGUGACGACGACACGCCUGGUUGGCACGACGGCCACCAUCGCGGGUGCGGCGCGCAACAAGUUCGAUUUCCGCCUCAAGGCCGCGACGUCGCCCGUCAAGUACACGCGCGAGUACCUCGUCACUCUCGACAACCCCGUCAAGGUCACGCGCAACAGCCUCAAGGCCGGCCAGUACGUCGCCCCCAUCGGCGAGUGGAUCCAGCCCGAGGUCUCGACGCCCGGCUCGCCCGCUCCGGCCCACCAGUUCCGCGACAUGGACUUUUUGUCACGCGGGCUCGGCUUCGACGGCACCAACAUCUGGGGCCCGCUGUCGCCCUUCCCGCAGAGCGGCGUCACUGUCUUCGACCCAGCCUCGUGCCCGCCGCCCGUGACCGCGCCGACCGGCACUCCUGUGCCGACGUCGACGUCGACCACGGCCGCCCCGACAGCGUCGUCGACGGUCGUCCCCGACGCCGUCUCGUUCGUCGCGCUGACCUGGGCGUCGAGCCAGGGCGGCACGCUGACUGCCACGUGCCGGUCGGCGCCAGGCAGGGCCGGCGCCCCGCGCGCCUCGUCCAUGUCGCUGCAGUACUCAAACCGCGACGGAUCCUUCCAGCAGAGCAUGACGGCCGUGGCGGGCAGCGCGGGUGACUUUACAUUUUCGUCGCGUAGCGUCCGCCAGCCGUCAGGCAAUGUUCGCUGUGUGAGCGACCUGGGCGGCAGCGCGACGAGGACGCUGUAA